AUGCUGGUGAAAAGAUCUCGUCACUCCAGAUCUGUCCCGUUUUCAUCUGAACUAAAAAUUUUACGAUAUUCGACCAACUUGUUACACUAUACAAUACGACGCACGGUUAUGGUAGCAAAACUUCGUGGAAGUGUCAAACUAGAACUGAACUACUCAAGAAAGAUGAGAACUUUCAAUGCGAACAAUUACGAUUUAGAUUUACUCUUGUUUCGGUCUCUAACCACAGAACUUACGUUUCAACUUCAAGUAAAUUUCGUUUCCAAUCAAAUACAGCAGUUGCAGCUUCGAAAGGUGAUGAACUUUAAAGUUAAUGAUUUAUGUUGUGAUCAUGACAACCUGGAACUAGAUUCGUUCCCAAUUAUCCCAGGCCAAAAUCAAAAAGCAGUGCUGUCGACGACAUGACUGACUUGUUGGUGAUGUCCUCUCUCUGCUUCAAAAACCAAUAUUCCGAUCUAGACGUGGCCGCGAGCUAAAAGAACAAGUCUGAGUCGCAAGACGCGCGAAGUAG